CAUCGUCACACUAGUCGUUUCUUCCAAUUUCACAUUUUAAACGUUGCGUGCGGUGUAUUGCUACUUUGUUCGGGAAAUUCGAUAAGUUCGAGAGCGGUCGCGUGAAGACGUUUUUCUAUUUCGCAUUCAUAUUAUUCUCGCGCGAUUUCUAGACUAUCUUCUCUGUCUCUUCUUUCUAUCUGGCAUCUUAAUGUAGUCAGUUUCUUUGUAAUAUAUCGAUAGUUCCUCGAAUAAUAGCAUAGCAUUAGUUUAGCGCCAUUAGUGAGUAGACCUACGUGUGCUCUCGCUAUAUUUUUCUCGUCAAUUUCAAGAAGAUUAUUUGAUUAAAAAUUUGUACGCUUCGUUCACAUCACACGUGACAAGAUGUGACGAUCGAAAAGCGGAUUUUCACGAGUUCCACGGGAGAAUCCGCGAAGUAGAGCGAAGGAAGCGGUACAAACGAUAUCAAGAGCACACGGUAGAAGAGCAAAAAACCCAGUAAACGGGGCAGUAUGUACAUUCUAAUCGUAUUCUUGUUUUCUCCGCCAUCCCUCCUCAUCUCUAUCCGCCUCUCUUCGACAUGAACACAUUCACACUUUACUUCUACCAACCAACUAUCUCUCGACGCUGGGGACCAUUCACGUCAUCGAUCUGCACCCACCUGCACGAUUUCUCAUCGUGGCGGGCUAUAUCGUCGCUCGCGCGAUCGUGUCACGGGACAACACUCGACGCGGAUCAUCCCGAUCGAUCGCUGGAAACGAUCGCUCUACUAUUACGCAAAAACGUCGAAACAAAACACUAAAAAAAAAAAAAAAUUAUACUACAACUCUGCCACGAGAAAAAUUUUUACAUACGCACCACGCAUAUAUCGAUACUAUAUAUGCAAAUUAACACAACAAAAUCACAAUUCACCGCUCUUCUACUAUGAAAACAACAUCUACUACCACCAUCACUACAACCACUACUUCUACUACUACUUCUACUACCACUACUACUACUACUACUUCUACUACUACUACUACUACUACUUCUUCUACUACUACAACAACCACAACAAAAAUACUAUAUCACGUCACGCAAAAACCAUAACAUACCACGUGCGU